UUUUAAUUUAAAAAAAGAAAAAGAAGUGAAUUGCAAUUAAACUAUCAGAAGAACCUUAUUUUUGUGAAAUUACUUCCACAAUGAUGGCAAUGAGUGCAAAAAGAAAUAAAAAAUCUAGUUUUGAUUUACAUGAGCGCUGGCUUUGGUAUAGUAUUGUAUUGCUACUUCAUAUACCCUAUACUAUUGGUGCAUAUGGAAACGUGGUGUCGCUUCCGGGAGAGUGCCGUGAUAUGAAUGGCAAGAAAGUAGAACAAGAUGCACACUAUGUGCCUCCUGGAUCGGAUACGUGUAGAUUGUGUUUAUGUGACAAUGGUCAUCCAAAGGCAUGCAAAGCUGUGCUUUGCUCACCGCCUCAUGAUUGUAAAUCCUUUCAGAUUGGUAGUUCAUGUUGCGAAUUCAUCUGUUUAGAUGAUACAAUAGGCAACACUACGGAUAAAACCUACGACAUCGGCAUGUGACUAGUAGCUACUGGAGUGAUUGUUACAUUUUCUUUAACCUUGCUUUUCUUCAUAAUUAGUCGCUUAAGGCAUCGUAAAAGUCGUGCCCAAGAAGGUCGCGAAGCCAUCGAUGAUUCUAAUCAACGCAAUAUGGUUAACAAUGUGAGUUACAUGGGAGGUAGUAUUGGCUAUCUCGGUGGAGGAACAAUGAAUAUGGAUUAUUCGUAUGUAGACCAUGCCAUAGCUCCGCACUACCAGCUUUGGAAACCACCAGGAGCAUAUUACACGAGGGGGGAAGCUCCACCUCCUUACGAGGAAGCAAUAGCCAUCGCUCAUGCCGAGUCCUUGAGUUCGUGUACCGUCAGUGUGGCAACAUCAACAGGGCGAAAUUUUCCGAUUGGAGUUAUGCAAGAUGCAGAUGCUGUAGCUAACAUUACUGCAAAUACGACGAAUUUAAUAAGUAUAAACAUCAACGGUACAGGCCCUGGUGCUAACGUAGCUGAGAUUGGCAGCACCGAUAGUAGCAUAGGUGCUCAGAGUGUAGCCACAAUUACCAAUGAAGAUCCAUCAUACUUAACGGGCUUGUCAAACAAUCGUGCUAACGGAAAUGAACAAAUUAGAUUGUCAAGUGGAGGAGAUAGGCAUGACGAUGAUACAAACGAGAACCCGUCUAUGACAAUUUAUAAUUUUCAUUCUUCAAAUAGUUUUCAACAAAGUGAAACAGAAGCCAACAAUGGUGGCAUGAUUGAUGGAAACGUAAAAGUAGUUAGUAAUCAUCAUUGUACCGGAAACAACACAAUUUCCUUUAACAGUGGGGAAUCCGAUUUAUGUAUGAAUGGUAGUUGCGCGUUAAACAUUAAUGCCCAUCACUGUAAUUUCUCACAUCGGAAAACUACAAUGCCUUUCGUUAAUACUAAUUGUGGUGAGGCUAGUAGAACAGGAGUGAAUGUGACGGCGAUAAAAAACGAGAAUUGUUCUUCCAUAUCCAUGUUUCAUAAGUCAAAUCAUUUACCAGAUAGUGUUGAUAACCUUUUCGACUCUACUUAUCAAAGUAAUUGUCAGUCCACGGUCGUAGCUGAUAAUUGUGGUGACGAAAAUCCACAUUUAACCUCUACUUCAGAAUCGUCAGUUUCACAGUCAUUUAUGCAUUCCGUCCCAGUACCAGCCAUGUUCAAUGACGAUAUGAUAAACGAAACAAAGUUCAGAGGCUCCAUGGAAUCUGAUGUGAUUAAAAAUCGACUAAUUUGUAAAAAAUAUCAUCGCACAAUUCCACGUCAUUUUUCGGUAGUUGAUCCGAUUAUAAAUCCCAUCAAGGCUAAUAGCAACGUUACAGCUUCAGCUAAUAUUUCAACAGCCGAAAAAAAAUCUUCUGUAUCCUCAGAUUCAUAUACUUCGGUGCAGCAAGUGCAUCGUAUGUCAGAAGAUACGAAAGAUAAACCAAUCUCCCAGCGAAUGUCUACACAAGUAGGAAGCAUAACAAAUGGACACAAUCUACUACUGGCAACAGGCACUACAAACAAUGUUCCAGUAAAUCGGAAAGUCUGCCAAUGUCCAGUGCAACAUAAAGCUUUACCGGGUUACCAAUCAAUUGCACCUGGAAUGUCUUUGGGAUCAUCAUUAGGUUCAGGUGAUGGUACUUAUCGUAGUAUACAUUCUAGAGGCGAUGCAUGUAACAAAGAAGUAUCCAUGGCCAGUGAUCCUCUUAUUGUUUCAAACAUUAACACGUGUUUCAAACGAAAUAAUAACAAUCCAGGAAGUGUGAUAAAGGAUAAUUUUGUUGGUGACAAGACUCCGCUUAAGAAAGACCAUGAAACAAGUCUAACAACCCAGCGAUAUCACGAAAAACAGUAUCGUAAAACAGCUAUACCUCCGGGUGAAAACAUGGCCAAAUCCAAGCAGAAAAACAAUAAUCAUCAUUCAUACUUAUCCCAAUCAGAUAAGACUUCACAUAUUGUUUCUACGGAAUAUAAGGGUCCCACGCAACUGCCAUCAAAUGAGAUAAUAUCGACACGUUUGAAAACUUCUACUGGAUUCGAUAGCGAUGAUUACCCACACUCCGGAUUGAAGCAAAUACCGUUAAACACAAAAAUGAAUAAUGACACUAGCGCCAAUUUGCACAGCAAUCCAAUUCUUCCUCCAAAAGCUAAGAAACAGCAACAUCAACAGCAUCAUUCCAUGAAUACUUUUAAUAACAAAAAACUAGCUAACGCAAAUCUACGCAACAGCAGUUCCAUUUUACAACUGAAAACAAUUGCAACUUCAGAAAAUAUGAAUAAUGGUAAAUCCAGUAGGGAACAUGAGUUACGAGAACUUCAAAAGUCUCUUAUUCAUGUGACCCAUGACGUAGAAACAGAGCUGAAGAAUUGCAGUAAUGGUAAUAGUUUGUUAAAUGGAUUUUCAAAUACAUUACCUAGACAUUCGUUUACUGCUGUCCGUAACUACGAACGGAAACAACGCAACGAUAAUAUACUCUCGCAUAGUUUCGGUAGAGGAUCGAAAUCGAACCGAAUUGUUGGUAUCGGGAAAGGAUUGUUACAUGAAAAAACAGCUUUCGAUUGUAAUACGCUGCCGAAGAACACCUCGAAUAAUAAUGGGCGCAAGACAAGUCUCGUUACGGAGGCGGUCAAUCAUAUACCCUCUGUUAUAAACAUACCCGUUACAUCACACACGACAACGUCCUAUUUCAGAAAUAUAAACUCUAAUAAUAGUUCUUUAAACAACUGUGGCUCCGUUAAUUUUCCAACAGCAGUAGCGGAGAGUAGCAACAACAGCGUUUUGCAAAUUACUAGCCAAAGUUCGAUUGAAACCACAGUAAUAUCUACAAACACUGAUGGAGCCAUUAAUGGGGAUGGAGAGACCAACUGUAAUAGUAUGAAACCACCCAUCUUUCUACCAUUGCCAGUACUGAUGACAACAAUCACAAACUGUGCCAACCCCAGGGAACACGUGCUACCCAACGAUAACAGUGUUGACGAGGACUAUUUGAGUGAAUGUGAAAAUUGCAAAUCUUCUGCUAAUAAUAUGCGCUAUUAUCUGGAUUUAGAAGAUGGUAGCAAAACGUGUGUUCCCAUGCAAGAAACGAUGACAUUGCAGAGGAAAAUGCCGGACUCUGCAGAGGAGGAGCAGCAAAACUACUAUCGUGUAUCUUCAACCCUACCAACUAACACUAGCAAAAGAAAUGUACCGAUCGUCAACAAGGAUCGAGUUGCAUGGUUCUCCACUAUACCGGCAAAUUCGUCGUCGGAUGAUGAAGAAGCAUGCGAGUAAGUAUAUAUACAAACGAUUAUGUCUAAAGGAAGAUAGAAUAUCCGACUAAAUACGAAGCAAAUGAACUGCACCUUCAUUAAGAAAAUUUGAUAUAAACACAAACACUUAGAGCAGACAUGGUAUUUAUGAUCGAUAAAAAUAUGAAUGAAAAAUUUAGCACAUUGGAUCAUAAAUUCAAAAGUAACAAGAGCAGUAUUAAUUUUAAGCAUUGAAGUGGGCUCGAAUAAAAUCCAAACAAUGUUUGUAAGGGUUCACUGUAAUCUACCAUGUUGAUGUAUAUCUAUUUUUGUCAAAAUUCUAACAUAUGAAAGCGAAAAAUAAAUGGAAUUGUGGAAAAUCUGAAAUAUACUGUUUUUAAUUG